AUGGCUCUUCAAGACAUGCUCAAUCCCCGCUACAAGCUUCCAAUUCACAUUGUUCAGAUCAUACUGGUCAUCAUCGCCAUCGGCUUAUCAGUCCCAAGACUCUUCAUGAAAGGCCAACCUCGAACAAGAGCAAACACCAUUGCGCUCGGUAUGGGUGCUAAAUCACUCAUCAUCAUCGGCUAUCAGCUUCUCACGGAGCACGUUGCCUACUUCCAUAAGUGGGCAAGUCUCAAAGCCAACGCCAUACUCAAUGCGUUGGAAAAUGUCUUCUGGGGAGCCGUGGUCUUUCUGGUCAUCCAAGCCAACAUCUCGAGAUGUGUAGGUGUAGGAUGCACGCUAUCCUGGGUGGUUGUUGGUGUUUCAAUCGUCUUGACUAUUCUUGCAGCACACACGGCCGCUGUGUCGUUCGUCGAAUUUCGACGAUCGCGUCAAAAUCAACGACUCGAACCGAUUACGAGCCGUGAUACCGACACUGUCGAGCUCAAGUAUUCACAAAGAGCGAAAUAUCCCCAAGAGUCUGUUUAG